AACUUUUAAAUUGGAAUAUGUAGUUCAAUUAAAGAUUAAAAUAUCAUGUUAUUUUUCUCUAGAUUAGUGGAACGAUUCUUGAUGGAUGGCUAUAAACCACAUGAAUUAUCUACUUAUGCACUUACACUUUUUAGACAUAAGACAACACAUGAAGAUGAAUCACUUAUGAUUGAUUUUUGGGAUACGGCUGGACAGGAAAGAUUCAGUAGCAUGCAUCCAUCUUAUUAUCACCAAGCUCAUGCUUGCAUAUUUGUAUUUGAUGUUACCCGAAAAAUAACAUAUAAAAAUUUGUCAAAUUGGUAUAAAGAAUUAAGAGAAUAUAGACCAGAAAUUCCUUGUUUAUGUGCUGCAAAUAAAAUUGAUGGUGAGUGAUUUUCAAUUUAUUAUUAA